CAUUUUGGAAAAAAAUCGCCGGUGAAAAUUUUUUGUCAUUAAAAGUCGCGUUUUCUGCGAAACUACAGCGCAGAUCAUCAUGAGGAUGAAUAUCACAUCAGCAGCUGGUGUGAUCGCUCUGUUAGAUGAGCCAGAGCCUGAAGUGAAGGGCUUUGCACUUCAGAAACUUGAUCAGAUUGUAAUCUCAUUCUGGCCUGAGAUAUCUGAAUCUGUUGAGAAAAUUGAAAUGCUGUAUGAAGAUGAACGUUUCACACAACGAAACUUGGCUGCUUUAGUCGCAUCUAAAGUCUACCAUCAUUUGGGUGCCUUUGAAGAAUCUUUGACAUUUGCUCUCGGUGCUGGAGACCUGUUUGAUGUAACAGAUACCUCUGAAUAUGUCGACACCACAAUUUCCAAAUGCAUUGAUCACUACACCAAGCUGAGGGUGCAGAACUCUGAAGGGAUUGAAGACCACAAAGAUAUUGACCCGAGACUUGAGGCUAUUGUACAGAGAAUGUUUCAAAGGUGUUUUGAUGAUCGCCAGUACAAGCAAGCUAUAGGAAUCGCACUAGAGACCAGGAGAAUUGACAUUUUUGAGGAUGCAAUCAAAAAAUCUGAUGAUAUAUCUGCAAUGUUACAGUACAGUCUGAAAGUUUGUAUGAGUCUCAUACAAAAUAGACAGUUCAGAAAUACAGUACUCCGUGUCAUGGUCAAGUUAUACAUGGGCCUUCCACAGCCAGAUUUCAUCAGCGUCUGCCAGUGUUUUAUAUUCCUGGAUGAGCCUCAGUCAGUUGCAGACAUCUUGGAGAAACUUCUCAAGGAAUCUGAGGAUAAUGUGCUUAUGGCAUACCAGAUCGGGUUUGACUUGUAUGAGAGUGCCACCCAGCAGUUCCUACAGAGGGUCCAGGGUGCCCUGAGGGGUACUGCCCCCCUGCCUGUCCUACUGACCCCUGGGUCAACCAAUACAGGAACUACAACCAAGGAAGCUACUGAAUCAGCAAUAGAUUCAGGUGCCGCCGCAUCAUCCUCUACAGGGGAAGCUGCAGCCAAUGCAGAAGAGACUGAUGCCAAACCAGUCUCAGAGAAAACACUAGAAGAUCUGAGUGAGAAUGACCGGAAACUUCAAGACAGGGUUGUUAAACUUAUUACAAUACUAAAUGGCGACACAACAAUAGAACAUCACCUCCAGUUCCUAAUACGAAACAACAAAACUGAUUUACUCAUUUUAAAAAAUACUAAGGAUGCUGUGCGGAACUCUGUGUGUCAUACAGCCACUGUUAUCGCAAAUGGGUUCAUGCAUGCCGGAACUACUUGCGACUCAUUCCUGAGAGAUAACUUAGAAUGGCUAGCUAGAGCUACCAAUUGGGCCAAGUUUACUGCCACAGCCAGUUUAGGCACAAUACACAAGGGCCAUGAGAAAGAAGCACUGAACCUAAUGUCUACCUACCUCCCCAAGGAUACAUCCCCAGGGUCAGCCUAUUCUGAGGGUGGGGGUCUAUAUGCCCUGGGGCUGAUACAUGCAAACCAUGGGGGUAGUAUUACAGAGUAUCUCCUAAACCAACUGAAGGAUGCUUCAUCUGAUAUGGUACGACAUGGAGGUUGUCUAGGUUUGGGACUUGCUGCCAUGGGAACAGCAAGACAAGAUGUCUACCAGCAGUUGAAAUUCAAUCUCUACCAAGAUGACGCAGUGACAGGAGAAGCUGCUGGAAUUGCUAUGGGGCUUGUCAUGAUUGGCACAAAAUCAGCCAAUGCCAUUGAAGACAUGGUCGCGUAUGCACAAGAAACACAGCACGAGAAAAUCCUACGUGGUCUUGCUGUCGGAAUUGCCAUGACCAUGUAUGGGCGUCUGGAAGAAGCUGAUACUCUGAUCGAAAGUCUCCAACGUGACAAAGACCCAAUCCUACGCUGGAGUGCGAUGUAUACCAUAGGAAUGGCCUAUUGCGGGACAGCCAAUAAUAAAGCAAUCAGAAAACUCCUUCAUGUUGCCGUUAGUGAUGUCAAUGAUGAUGUCAGAAGGGCAGCUGUGACAUCAUUAGGGUUCCUGUUCUUUAGGACCCCUGAGCAAUGCCCUCAAGUUGUCUCCCUUUUAUCUGAGAGCUACAAUCCACAUGUCCGCUAUGGUGCUGCAAUGGCUCUUGGGAUUGCAUGUGCGGGAACAGGCCUAAAAGAAGCUAUUGGCUUGAUCGAGCCCAUGACCAACGAUAGUGUGAAUUAUGUCCGCCAGGGGGCUCUGGUUGCAUCUGCUAUGAUUAUGGUUCAACAGAAUGAGGUCACCUGCUCCAAGCUGAAACACUACAGAGAGUUAUACGCCAAGGUCAUUUCUGACAAACAUGAAGACGUCAUGGCAAAAUUCGGCUCUAUUAUCGCCCAGGGUAUAAUAGACGCAGGUGGUCGCAACACAACAAUAUCUCUCCAAUCACGCACAGGUCACACCAAUAUGGCUGCUGUAGUUGGUACACUCGUCUUUUGCCAAUUCUGGUACUGGUUUCCGCUAACUCACUUCCUGUCUUUGGCAUUCACUCCCACAUCUGUGAUUGGUUUAAAUUCUGAGCUAAAGAUGCCAAAAGUUGAGUUUAGGUCCAACGCAAAGCCGUCAACAUACGCAUACCCAGCUAAUCUCGAGGAAAAGAAAGAUAAAAAAGGAGAGAAAGUUUCCACCGCCGUUUUGAGUAUUACUGCCAAACAAAAGAAAAAAGAAGCAGCUGCUAAAAGUAGUGCCUCUACUAGCAAAGAUGGCGCUGUAGCCAGCACUUCGAAAGACACAACUGAAAAGAUGGAAAUCGAUGAUGAAAAGAAGGAUGCAUCAACAGAAAAAGGUAAAGAUCAAGCAAAAACAGAUGACAAAGACAAAGAGGAAGAAAAAGAAGUUAAAGAAAAAGAGAAGAAAAAACCAGAACCCACAUCUGAGAUGCUAACGAAUCCUGCCCGCGUCAUGCAGGCACAACUGAAGGUAAUUACGAAUCCUGAAGAUGCCCGAUACACCACACUGAAACCCCUUAAUGUUGGAGGGAUUAUUAUGUUGCGUGAUACGAAACCAACUGAAAAGGAGGAUCUGAUUGAGAUGGUUGCAGCCAUGGGUCCUAAGUCUGAAAAUGAUGAUGAAGCUGAGCCUGAUCCCCCAGAGCCAUUUGAGUGGACAGAAGACAUGUAAACAUAUCCAUCAUUACCCCGUUUCCAUAAAAUAGUUUGGUGAUUUCAUUUUGUGAAAAUUAAUGAAGAGAACAAUUUGGAGAUUUGAGAAAUGUGUCCAUUUUGAAGAAAUUAGAACUAUUGGAAAAUACCUAUAUUGUGGAUAUUAAUAAGGAUUCACAGUGAAUGGAAAUUCAACUUGUGUUUAGAUACUAACUGAGCCCUUGACUAUAAUGCUAUAUAGUAUUUGAUUGGACUGUGGAUAUGUAAGGUUUGGCCCCUUGAACUGUUGAAUACUUACAACCAAGAAAAACAUUGAACAUUUUCAUCCAGGAUAACGAAAUUUUGUUAAAACUCAUAAGUUCUCACACUGAAUGGACUGCAGAUUUGUGUCCAAAAUAGAUGGCAUGACAUGUCCUGUUAAAAAAAUUCUUUGAAUCAUUUAUUGAUGUAAUAACUUAGAACAAAAUAUUAUAAAUAGUAAUACACAUUGUAAACUUUA